UACUGCAACAGUACAAUCAAUCUUGAGACGGCUGCUGGUUACGCGGAAAACACCAACCGUAAGAAAGGACAUCAGUGAUAUUUUGUUGACCGCUUGUGGUAAAAAUGAAGUUAUUUCUUUUCUUGGCACUUCUGUUAGUAAAGAUCCCUGCGACUCUUCCGAGUUCAGCGGAGCACAGGUGCUUCUGUAAGGUUACAGGAAGCCUGGAUGACUGCGCUUGUGAUGUUGAAACAAUUGAUGCUUUCAAUAACAAAGAUAUGUUUCCCAAACUACAAAAGUUACUCUCAUCCGACUAUUUUAGAUUCUAUAAGGUGAACCUGAAUAAUCGAUGCCCAUUCUGGACCGACAACAGUCACUGUGGACUCAGGGACUGUGCCGUGAAACCAUGCACACCAAAUGAGGUACCAGAGGGGAUCAAGUCCAGCACUCACAAGUAUUCAAAGGAGGUCAAUGAGGCCAUGAUGGAAUGUGAGAUGGCUGAGAAACUUGGAGCGGUCGACAGUUCACUUAGCGAGGAAACCCGUCAAGCGCUCCUGGAGUGGAACAGACAUGACGAUGAGUCCGAACGUUUCUGUAUGGCUGAUGAUGAAGAAUCCCCUGAUUCACAAUACGUUGACCUCUUGUUAAACCCUGAACGAUUCACUGGGUACAAAGGACCAGAGGCAUGGCAAAUUUGGAACAGCAUAUAUGAGGAGAACUGUUUCAAGCCACGUACUGUCAAACGGCCUUUGAAUCCUUUAGUGUCAAACAGUGGUGAAACCUUUCCUCUCGUUUCAGGCCGAGGUUUUUACAGCUGGUUGGAAGGUCUGUGUGUGGAAAAGAGGGCGUUCUUCAGACUCGUCUCUGGACUGCACUCAAGCAUAAACAUCCACCUCAGCGCCAGGUACCUUUUAGAAGACAACUGGUUCGAGAGAAAGUGGGGUCACAACGUCACAGAAUUCCAACAGCGUUUUGAUGAAGACCUUACAGAAGGGGAGGGGCCAAAAAGGCUACGCAACCUUUACUUCCUCUAUCUGAUCGAGCUUCGUGCCCUGGCCAAAGUCCUUCCUUUCUUUGAGCAGCCUUCCUUCCACCUUUACACUGGCCAGCCGAAACAGGAUGGCGAAAUGAAAGAACUGCUCCUUGAGCUCCUCCGUAUGGCCAAGUCAUUCCCUUUGCAUUUUGAUGAGACCACACUGUUUGCAGGGGAUAAGAGGGAGGCUUCAAGGCUUAAAGAGGAUUUCAGACUGACCUUCAAAAAUAUCUCUAGGAUAAUGGACUGUGUUGGAUGUUUUAAAUGUAGACUUUGGGGGAAGCUCCAGACUCAGGGGCUGGGCACAGCACUGAAGAUCCUUUUCUCAGAGAGACAAAUUGAGAGUCUGCCCAAAACCGGCAGCAACACCCCUGCUUUUCAGCUGAGCCGUCAGGAGAUAGUUUCUCUCUUCAACGCCUUUGGAAGGAUAUCCACAAGCGUCAAAGAACUAGAGAACUUCAGGUCACUCUUGUCAAAGGCUGAGCUGUGAAAAAGUGUCCCGUCUUUUGCUCAUAAAAUGAACUGUAAUAUGUGUCUCUGUGGAAGCCCAGUGUAGCACAUACACAAAAACUGCACUCAAACUUUUAUGUCACUGGAGGACACGAAUAUUUUGCACUAAUACGUGUCGGCUUACAUUCCACGGUGAUGUGAAGAGACAUACAGCCUAUGAGAAGACUUCCACUCAAGGGUCUUUAUUUUGUGGUUUGCAUGUUUGUCUCAGGGAUUCCUGACGUACCUGCAAUACUU